AACGAAGAAGAAGAUAAGCAGAAGAAGAAGAAAUAAUAGUCAGCUGACAUAAAAUACACAAUUUAGCGGCACCUAGAAAAUAUAAUAGAAGAGAAUAAAUAAGGUCUCUGCGCUUAAAUUAAAGCUGUGACAGAAUGAAAGGUUUAUACUGCCGAGCUGGUUUGAGUGAUGCUGAGCCCAAGUUCGUUAUUCAGGAGGCGAGUCUUCCAGAUGUUAUAGGCACCCAUCAGGUCAGAAUUCAGGUAAAGGCGUGCGGACUCAGCCCUCUGGACCUCAAGUUGCUCAGCGAUGUGGGGAUACAGAGAGAUUUAAUUCCUGUUGGGAGAGAGGUGACCGGGUUCGUCAUGCAAGUGGGCCCCAAGGUCUCCUCCUUCCAUCCUGAAGACCAGGUUGUUGGUAUACUUCCCCUGGACUCUCCCUUCUCUGGACUCUGUGAUGUCAUUGAUGUAGAUGAACACUAUUUAGUUCAGAAGCCAGAGAAGCUCAGCUCAGUGUGUGCUGUGGGAGCAUUACGUGACGGCCUCUGUGCUUACACUGCUCUACACACACACGCUCGCAUGGCAGCUGGACACACACUCCUGGUCAUGGAUGGAGCCAGUCCUUUUGGCCUUAUGUGCAUCCAGUUGGCUUGUUACCACGGAGUGAAGGUUCUCACAACCUCACACUCACCACAGAAACACACUUUCUUGCAGCAGCUCCGGCCAAGUAUAGAUGUUCAGGAUCCUUUAGUAGCCAGGGUCAUUCCAGUGGAUAACGGCUCAUCAGACCUGCUGCCAGUGGUUAUGGAGGAGACAGGGGGACUGGGAGUGGAUAUAGUCAUAGAUUCUGGAGUGCGUCUGCAGGAAGAGGAGGAGUCUGAGGAGGCAAAGCUCCUCCCACAUAAACAUGACAUCAUCAGUGUGCUGGGGGUCGGGGGGCACUGGGUCACAUCCCACCAAGACCUGCAAUUGGAUCCUCCAGAUUGCAGAUUAUUGUUUUUAAAAUCAGCCUCUGUGUCUUUCCUCAACCCUGAAGUGUGGACAGCUUCAUCAGCUCAGCAAGGAAGAUACCUUCAUAUUCUGAAGGAUGUUGUGGAAAAGAUGUCAGCUGGAGUGCUCAGACCUGAGCCCGAAGAGGCGGUACCUCGCUACGAAGCCACAGUUGCCAUGGAGACUGUCCAGCUUCACCAGAAGAAAAAGGCUGUUGUCCAACUUUGAUCAAAAUAACCACACUCCGUUGGGAUGCUCACACAGCCUGCAUCUGAGGAACACAUGGGGUGUGUCCGAAAUCACUCCCUACUCACUGUAGAAUCCACUGUAGUGUGUGUUCGCCAUAUUGUAGUGGUGUCCGAACACUAAGUGUGUAAAUCUAUCCGCUGCAUAGUGCACUGAAAAAUUCCACAAUGGAACGUAUAAAAGUAGUGCACGUGCCAUGUACACUACCUUCUGCUAACAAUCCCACAAUGCAAUGCUUUUAUUAGAUGAGAAAUUAUCGUCACACGGCUCUACAGCUGUUAGUGAUGACACAAAUGCUGAUAAGUGUGUGAAAUCUUAAUUUUCUGUUCACUACUGGUUGAACUACUUGGUGUACAUUACGUAGGGAGCAGCGAACGAGUGAGGUGGGAGUGACUUCAGACACAGCGAUGAACCUACCGCCUUUCCAUUACUGGACAAACACUGAAAAACUAAAAAAAAACUGAUAGCGAGUUUCUUAUAAGGAGUUGCUUUUGUUUUUAAUACAGUUUGAUGUAAUUCAUCCACAUUACAAUAUAAACAGAAGCUGCAAUUUAUGCUGCUGCCAUAAAAA